AUGAUUACACCACAUAACUACAUCAAUAACAGUUGUACUACAACAAUUACAACAACAACAACAACAACAGCAAUGAAUAAAGGUGGUACAUUAUUUGAAGCCUUAGUAAUAAAAAAACAAUAA